CUCCUCUUCUCCUCUCUCUCUCUCUCUCUUUCUCCCUGCAAAACCCCACCCCCUCCACCUAGAAAAGCUUACAAGAGUUGGAGAGAUUACAAGAAAAAGAGGAGAUAAUGGGCCUUCUCGAUCAUCUGUGGGACGAGACGGUGGCCGGUCCCCGCCCGGACUCCGGCCUCGGCAAGCUCCGCAAGUACUCCUCCUUCUCCUCCACCUCCUCCUCCUCCUCCUCCGCCUCCUCCGCCGCCUCCGCCGCCACGGCGCCCGGAAGCUCCCUGGUCACCCGGAGCAUCACCAUCCUCCGCACCACCUCCUUCCCCCGCAGCGCCCUCGACUCCGCCUCCUCGUCCCCCUCCUCGCCGGCCAGCGUCCCCGACUCGCCCCUCACACCUACGGGGCCGAGAGGAGAAUGGUGGAGGCUUAGGAAGAAGCCGACGCCGGUGGCGGAGGGUAUGGAGACCGCCGAACCCCGGAACCCGGACGUUUACGACUGGGUGUUGAUAAGUUCUCUGGAUAGAUGAUACUGAGUUAAACAGAAGGAAAAAGGAUUACAGUCCACUUCAGUGCGGUGGAAGCUGGUGUUUAUAAAGUCUGUAUAUAUUUGUGGUAGGAUAGGCAUAAGAAAGUUUUGUGAAGCAGGAGUGUUUCUCUUGCCCCCGCUUGGUGUUUUGCCAUGUAAAUUGAAUAUGGUUGUGGAAUUUAUCCGAAUGAGCCCAGCCAGAUGUAGCUUACACUAACAUACAUCGGAAUCUAUUUUAGUUGUUUGAUCUGUACUACCUUUGAUAUGGUGAUAAGAUAUGUUUGUGGCGGUUGCGAUAAAAUUAAAUUCUAUA